AUGUUAAGGUUAACAUUUCUCUAUGUCAUUCUCGCUGCGAUUCACGUCCAAGCAGUGAGCGAUGAUUGGUGGAAGGAUGCGAUUAUCUACCAAAUUUACCCUCGAAGUUUCAAGGACAGUAAUGGUGACGGUAUUGGAGAUCUAGAAGGAAUCACCAGUAAACUACAACAUGUAAAAGACAUUGGUGCAAACGCUAUUUGGCUCUCACCUAUUUAUACCAGUCCGCAGCAGGAUUUUGGAUACGAUAUCGCCAACUUCACAGAUGUAGAUCCUGACUAUGGGUCCCUCCUGGAUUUUGACAGGCUUGUUUCAAAAGCUAAGUCGCUGGGCUUAAAAGUAAUCCUCGACUUCGUACCGAACCAUAGCUCGGAUCAACAUCCAUGGUUUAAGAAGAGUAUACAGAGGAUAGAACCUUAUGAGGAUUUCUAUAUUUGGCAAGAUGCUAAGAUAGUGAAUGGCGUCAGGCAACCACCUAACAAUUGGCUAAGUGCAUUCUCUGGGUCAGCGUGGGAAUGGAAUGACGAACGUGGUCAGUACUACUUUCAUCAGUUUGCCAUUGGACAACCAGACUUAAAUUAUCGCAACAAGAAUGUGUGCAAAGCCAUGUCCAAUGUUUUGACAUUCUGGAUGGAUAAAGGAGUAGACGGAUAUCGAAUUGAUGCUAUAAACCACAUGUUCGAAGAUGAAAGGUUGCUGGAUGAACCAAGAAAUGACAAUAAUGUACCAGAUGACGAUUACGACUCUCUUGAUCACAUUUACACUACGGAUCAGAACGAGACUUAUCAGGUACUCAAAUCGUGGAGAAAAUUAUUGGAUGAUUAUGUAAAUAUCCAUCAAACUGACGCUAAGUUUAUAGUAACGGAAGCUUACGUUGAUCGAAAACUGACUUUACAUUAUUUUGAAGCGGGUUCAAAUCCUUUCAACUUUAUGUUCAUUUCUUCACUAAAUGAAGCAUCAUCAGCAGUGAAUUUCAAAAGAGAAAUUGAUAACUGGAUGGAAAAUUUGCCGAACGGUAAGGUAUCUAAUUGGGUUACAGGUAACCAUGAUCAACAUCGACUCGCCUCAAGGUAUGGAUCCAAGAAAUCAGAUAUGGUCAUUAUGUUGGCUAUGGUUCUUCCUGGAAUCAGUGUUGUGUACAAUGGUGACGAAAUUGGGAUGGUCAAUAAACAUCUUUCCUGGGAAGAAACAGUUGAUAUUUCUGGUUGUAAUGCUGGUCCAGAAAGGUACUUUCUAAAGUCAAGGGAUCCUGAGAGGACACCUUUUCAGUGGGAUAAUACUACCAGUGCUGGAUUUUCUACAAGCCAAGUGACAUGGUUACCAGUUCAUGAGAAUUAUAAGAUUCUGAACUUGGCAGCUCAGAAGAUUGCACCGGUUUCAAGUUAUAAGUUUUUCAAAGCAUUGACUACUUUGAAACGUAAUAAUCCUGUACUUAGGAAAGGAUCCGUGGAUGUUAGUUUAAUUAAUAAAAACGUACUGGGAGUAAUUCGGAGAUUGAGAGCCUCCUCGCCUGUAGCUCUGAUGAUGAACAUGGCAGAAACGGAGGUGGUUGUUGAUGCCAACAGUUUGCUGAAAAUUCCUAGAGAAAUGACUGUGUACACUUCGAACGUUGAAUCAAACAUCGAUGUUGGUACUUUCGUCGAUACCAAGCGUUUGAGGUUACCAGCGUCUACGUCUGUGGUGCUGAUUGUAUCAGAAUUUUACAGAUACACUCUAAGUUAA